GAGCCAAUCACAGCCGAUUCUCAACGAUGUCCAAAUCAUAACGUACUAACUGCAGUCACUCCCCCACAUUUUUGUACGCAACUUUCCUCGGUAAAGUGACUCAAAUGUUUAGUCUUAAGCGAAUAACUCAAAACACUGCAACCGAAGUGAAUAACUUAACAAUAACCUUGAUGCUAUGUCGACAUGACUGUCGUCUUUUCCUCGAUCGGUCCUUCGGAUUGGACGAUCGUCCGUCUAUUCGUCUCCUCUCUAACGUAAGGUCGCGUCUCUAUUUCCUCAUGAGCCCUGGAAAGCAUUCAGUUAUACGGAGAACAGGGCUCACGUUGAAAUUGAUAUAUGCCCUUACGUCAGAGGCGCGACACAUUGAUGAGUGGGCCACGGCCGUGAACGAAUUCUAACCCACCGCGGAUUUUAGCGGGUAACCCGAGUGUGUGUUUAACCAUCUCGCAGCCGCAUGUCGGUCCGUUUAACUUUUGAAUGUUGCGAAUUUUGACGCGUGUGUCCUUUCGUUAAGCCGUUUGUACCUGCUCGUAUUUUUUUCGCAAAAUACCGAUACAUAUGGUUCUAUCAAUCAAACUCAUCAGUGUGAACAAACCGAGAGUAACGACCGAUAAAUCCGAAAUGAGCACAAGUGCGGACAAGUGUCUCAAAGUUCAAAGUGGCCAUUCAACCUUAUCUGUGAGUGAACUAAUUUCGCUAAUUUAUCACGCAAGUCUUAAGUUUCGUGGAUGAAACGCGGUAUCGUGGAGUUCAGAAAAAAAACACAGUUGUGCGGCGUGGGACGAUUUUUUUCGUUCGCCUCGUGUUUAGAUAAUGUUCUGUGUCAACAUUCCAUUAGUCAAUUUUUUUUAGAUAAGUUCGGAUCUGUGCGGGUCGGAAAAUGAUUGUGAUCGUGAUUUUGGCCGUGCUGAGCCUCAUCAUCAUCAGCAAGUUGAUAACGAAAGCUACGCUUAUUAUUCGACAAUAUCAACUUCUGAAAAAAGUCCCUGGCCCCCCUAUUGACAGCAUUUUCUUGGGGCAUGCGGCAGAAAUUCUCUCCUCCUCAUCAGAACUUCCGAAAAUACUCGGUAGGAGAGUCAAAGAGUAUGGCGGCUUUUUCAGGCUUUGGAUAUUCAGCCAACCUUACAUUCUCUUGGCGAGCGCGGAUUACACAGAGAUGUUCUUCAGCAUGAAAGAGUUGAGCAUGAAAGCAAACGUCUAUGAUUUCUUACACAUUUGGUUGGGACUCGGUCUACUGACAAGUCAAGGUCAAUUGUGGCAACAGCGACGAAAACUCAUCACUCCAGCCUUCCAUUUCGCGAUGUUGAAUAAUUUCAGCGAAACUCUGAUUGACAACACUGUAGCACUCAUCAAAAAAUUGCGUGAAGAAUCGUCGGACGCGAUAAAUGUUUUCAAAAUGAUGCACCUCAUCGCACUUGAUAACAUUUGCGAGACAGCUAUGGGAAUCAAAAUUGAUGCCUUGAACAAUCCAAAGUUGGAUUACAUCCGAGCUAUUGAAGACUCGACUCACUCGCUAAUGAACAGAAUGUUGAAACCUUGGUUAUGGAACGAUACCACGUAUUUCUUAGCGCCUGUUGGCAGAAAACUUAAGAAAGAUCUCAGUAUUAUUUUCGAACUCACAAACAAAGUUAUCAAGGAGCGAAGGGAGGAAAAGUCCAGAGAAAAAAUUUCCGGUGAUUUUAAUGCAAAUGAAAGCCAAACAUGUGACGAUACUGGAGGAAAGAAGAAAUUAGCAUUUUUAGACCUUUUGAUGGAAGCUUGUGACUCUCAAUCCGUGCCUUUAUCCGAUAAGGAUUUAAGCGAUGAGGUCAACACUUUUAUGUUUGAGGGGCACGAUACUACCGCCGUUGCUUUAAGUUACACGCUUUUUUUGUUGGGUCUUCAUCCUGAGAUUCAGGAAAAGUGUUUUGAGGAGCUGGAAGAGAUGUUCCGGGGCUCAGCUCGCAAGCCCACGCCUGAUGAUUUGCAAAAUAUGAAGUACCUAGAGCGUGUUAUCAAGGAAACUUUGCGCUUAUGCCCAAGCGUGCCAAUGAUCUGUAGACAAGUUCCUAAGGACACAAAUUUAGGAGGAUACAUGGUGCCGGAGGGGUCUCUCGUGACGUUGGAUGUCUUCCAUUUACAUCGUGAUCCGAAGUAUUUCCCUGAACCUGAAAAAUUCGACCCUGACAGAUUUACAAUUGAAAAUUCCCAGGAUAGACAUCCAUUCGCCUAUGUCCCGUUUGCUGCGGGAACUCGGAACUGUAUCGGACAAAAAUUCGCUAUGAUGGAAGAGAAAAUUGUGCUGUCCUACAUCCUACGCAAUUUUCGGUUGGAGUCCAUUGAAAAGUUUCAGGACAUGGAACCGGCCUUUGAGCUCAUCCUACGAUCAGAAAUAGAUCUAAACGUCAAGUUCAUCUCAAGAUAGUUCGGAAACCAAUUUUAGAGUCGGCAGCUCCAAACCAACCCUUGCCAAUUCGGCGUUUGAUCCGAAUACCUAUAGUCAACACAUCUGACAAAUCUAUGUUCUGAUUUGUUAAAAUGAUUCUGCAUUAGGAGAAGAUAUUUCAAAUGAAUGAUGCGUGCGCCCUAAAUUACGAGGUUUCAAGAGCUAGACCAAUACUCCCGCGUUCAGGAAAAACGCCGUAUGAAUAUUCGAAUGUAACCAAAUUUAUUCUCAGAAAAUACUUGUUUUUCGGGAAAGUUAUGAAUAUGUUUCAUGGAAA